CCAACAUGGCGACCUCUCGUGGUCCGCUUCGCCUGGGAUGGACUCUACGGGUUUUGUCCAACACUCAUUCAGCUUUACGUAAGAUAAGUACCUCAGCUUUCAACAGAAAUACCUUCAGAGUAACACUUUCGACACAGAGACGAUUUUAUAGCGCAGAAGCACAGCCAGAAGAAGUUGAUACAAAGGGAGAUUCACCUAGGAAUCUACUAGAAGUUUACGAGGUGGAACCUACUUUACUGCAAGGUCCCAGGAAAAAGCCUAUUUCUCAAGAUUAUGUCGAACAAGAAAUUGAAAAAUCACGAAAAAUCCGAUCCAGAGUUCCAGUGUGUAUAAAUCCUGUGGACGCUCAAUGGACUCCUGAAUCUAAACGGGUUGGGUUGGUAGGAGUCAAGCAGGGAAUGAGUUGUUUGUGGCUCAAGGAUGGAACAAGGAAGCCUGUCACCCUGGUUGAGAUUAAGGAUUGUCAAGUUGUUGCAACAAGAAUCAGCAGAGAACUUGGUGGCAGAGAUGAUUCAACAGAGCUUCAGGUUGGAGCAGUGGAAGAAACUCAGUUGUAUAAUGUCAGAAAAUCUCAAUAUGGACACUUCAAGAAAUAUGGCAUCAAUCCAAAGAAAAAGGUGGCAAGUUUUCCUGUUACAGAAAAUGGUCUUCUUCAUCCUGGAACACCCCUUUAUGCAGCUCACUUCUAUCCUGGUCAGCAUGUUAAAAUUCAAGGAGUCACAAUUGACUGGGGAUUUCAAGGUGUGAUGAAAAGGUGGAAGAUGAAAGGCCAACCAGCUUCUCAUGGCCAUUCAAAAACACACAGGAAAAUGGGAGCAACAGGAGGCGGGCAGAGAUUCUUCGUAUCAACACCAAGUACAAUAUCCUUUACCUCCUGGGAAAUUGUCCAGGCAAAAAGGGAAGCUUCAUUACAAUUCAGGAUUCUUACAAGCCACACGAACACCCUCCUCCCUUCCCUACUUAUUUCCCAGAUCCCCAGGAUCCCCUCCCUGAGGAUAUGUUUGCAGAUGAUGUACAACAGUUUGAUGAGACAAUAUUUUUCACAAAACAGGACCAAGCCAAUGAAGCUGCACAGGAAAAUGCUUGAAGAUAUACAACUAUAGUUUACUAGUGGUUUACCAAGUCUAUGUGUGGUUUUCAUUCAGAGGGAAGGAAAAAACACCACCUUGUCACUGCAAUUAAGAAUGAUACAAGCAUGGAUGAAAAAAAACUGCAAGUGUGAUCUGUGCAGGGUUUUUACCGAUUCUUGACCUCUAGGAAAACUAUUGACCUAUUGACAUUUGCUGAGUAAAUUUUAAUAGUUGGAAAAAGUAUGGAAAAUAAAGUUUUUAAAGAUAGGAAG